CACGGCUGGACGCCAACCCACCCUCGAGAAGACCAGAGGACCAUGGCAACGCAAGCAUCGACAAGUACAAGUGAGGAGCAAGCGCAACAAACGCUGAACAGAUACGAGGAGUCAGUGAACUUCCUCUCUGGACUGUUCAUUAGCGACAAUGCAAGAGGAAGAGAUCUUGAUCAGCCUCAGCGGCCACAAGUCACGCUGACGUUUGCUCAGACUAUCGACGGGUAUAUCGCAGGCAAGAAAGGCAGGCAGUUGCGGCUCAGUGGGGAUGAGAGUAUGGCCAUGACGCACUACCUUCGCACUGUCCAUGACGCGAUCCUCGUUGGCGUAGGCACGGUGAUAAACGACAAUCCACGCCUUAACGCCCGCCUGCUGCCCAAUCCACCAGCUCCGGCGCAGCAACCGCGCCCCAUCAUCCUAGACACGCACCUUCGCACGCCAGCUGGCUGUCGUCUUCUCACUAAUUAUCAGCAGGGACUCGGCCGCCAGCCCGUGAUACUCCACAGUGAAGGCUGCGAAGGUCAAGAUCAGAAGCAUCCCCGCGUGGACCUCGAAGCCGCAGGCGCCCAACUUAUCGCUCUGCGCACUUUGGACUGGGACAAUAUACUUGAAGCGCUCGGCAAGGGUGGGCUGAAAGUACAACGUCUGAUGGUCGAAGGAGGCGCGAGAGUCAUUGAGACUCUCCUCACAUCCUCUUCUCGCUCCGACGGUGACGGAAGGGCAGGAGGCCUCAUUGACUCGCUGGUCAUUACCGUCUCGCCCAACUUUGCAGGCUCAGACGCUACGGGAUACAAGUCGCCUCGAUGGCAGGACGUGGUAGUCAAGACAGGGAAAGAGUCUGUUGCUCCGAGGGAUGGGCAGGAAGAGGUGGAAGAGGGAGCGCAAUUCCACGUUGCGAAGAAGGCUUGGUUCGGGGACGAUGCGGUGUGGAUGUGGAAGAGGGGCGAGAAGCCGGCCGACAAAUGACAGAAGACAAGCAGGGAUCACGUCUGACUACAUUCAGCAAUCCAAUACCAUACAAGACCC